GCCGCGGAGCUUCGACUGACCCCAUCGACGCAUGGAUGAACGAGGAGGGCUGGGAGAAUGACAUGCACAACACCGCACACAUUCAGUUGGAGCAGCACCGUUUGACGAGGGAGUACUACAGGAAGUCAGCGUACGAGCUGCCUAUGCUUUCGCAGCUCAGCAAGCCCUUCAAACCACCAACCCAAGAGCAACCCUUGAGGUUCCGCUACACGUCCUACCUCGGCGAACAACACCCCGCAGAGCGCAAAGUCGUCCUCGAAGUCCGCGUGAAAGACCUCGGCCUCACCGACGUUCAAGCGCACAAACUCAAGCUCCUCGCCGGAGCACGGUACGACCCCACAACCGACGUCAUGAAGACGAGCUGUGAUAGUUUCUCGCACAGAGCGCAGAACAAGAAGUUCUUGAGUGACCAGUUGGAUAGGUUGGUUGCGGAGGCAAAGGAUGGGGGGGAGACGUUUGCGGAUAUUCCGUUGGAUACGAGACAUGUUAAGACGAAGAAGAAGUUGCAGUUCCCCAAGGAGUGGCUCAAGCUAAAGAACGAGGG